AUGUGUGAUACCAUUGAAGUUACAACGUUACCAGUUCAUAAAAGUAUUUCAUAUAAAAUAUCGGGAAAUGGUCUAGUCUUUUAUGUAAAGAGUGGAGGAAGAGGUGGUGCAGUAGUUGGUUUAUCAAAAUGGCCUAACAGUCUAUGCAAUUAUUGGGUGUACAUUGCACACAAUAGCUAUACAAACAUAAAGAGUGCACAUGAGAGUGAAUUUAAUUUACAUGGAGAAUAUACACCAGAACUUUUGUCUGAUAGACACUACACAAAAUUUUGGCUGACUUGGAACAGUGAUGUCAUCAGCUUGGGAAAGGAUAGUAACACAAAACCAAUCAUAAGCCGAAAUAAUUGUAAUGUUAAGAAAAUAUCAUAUGUUACAUUAUCAAGUUGUGAAAACAGAGUAUACUGGAAACUUUUAUUACCACCAGUAUUGCCAGUACCACAUAAACGGUUGCUAAAUGUUGGUAAGCCACAGUGGGUGACUGCAAAUGACCAAUUACCAGAUGGGUCACUUAUAGGAGGAUAUGAAAAUGAAAUUCUUUAUAUAAUAAGGUCUCCACAUAGAGGAUCUCUCACUCCUGGAAAAUUUGUCCCCUCUCUUGGUGUCGGGUUCAUAUCAUGGGGAGGUGAGGCUCUUGAAAAGAAUGACUUAGAGGUUUUAUGUGGAGUUGAUUGUGAAUGGAUGGCAACCAACAAUGACAGGAUACCAGUCAAAGCUGUAGAGGCCGGUUUCUCAGAGGGCUAUGACACAGAGUUACUUUAUGUAGGUAGGGCCAAGCACUUAGGACACAUCAUUCCAGGCAAAGUACAGCCAUCACAUAAAGUCUGCUACAUCCCAUAUGAUGGCCGAGAGAUUGCAAAGAUGGAAUAUGAGAUUCUUGUCUGUCAAUCAGUAAAUGAACACGCUGCUAACAAAAUAUUUUUAACAUUAGAUCAUGGGGCCGUGCUGGUUUUUGAGUCAGAUGACAGUAUAAGUGAAGAUGAUUAA